CUAAUGACAACACAUCACCCAUUGAACCCACUACGUCUGACUAACCCGAGCAGUGGUGGUUGAACACGUGCAAAGAGUGGGGAUUAUUGCUCAUGUACUACUGUACCACUAAACGGGAUCCGGCUAAGCGCAGUCACCAUGCCAGCUGAACAGUUCGUUCUGGUCAGUUUUCCGGCUCUCUUCUCUUGCCUUUUCGACUGUCUUCCUGUCUUGUCUGGUUGCUUCCUGUCUGACUGGCAAGUUGCAAUACGCACACACACCAAUCAAUCACCUAUCAAAAUAACUAAGCUGAUCGGUUUCAGCUCCGAUCCCCCCUCCCUCCCCCAAAUUCUGCAAUACUUGCCAACGCAGUAAGGGGGAGGGGAGAGGGGGUUGACC